GCCAGCACAUCCCCAGGGCAAUGUCCUGGUGGCCCUGAAGCUGGCAGGGAGGCUGCCCAUCCCUCCCGGGGAUGCCUGGCCAAGGGAGGUCCGUGUCCUCCUUCAUAAGCCUCGAGGCACUGCGUCUAACAGGCUCCUCUCUCUCUCUCCCUCAGCAACACCGUGCCGAGAGCACUGCAUGGCAAAAAGGAGAGUCUCCGGAAUGCGUGCUACAGGAGCGUCUUCUUUCUGCCUCCGGAGUCGGAUGUGCCAGAGACAGAAAGAGCGCUCUACACCAAGACUAUGAAUGCCAUGGACCCCAUGCUGGCGGCCUUCGUACGCAACUGUCCCCCCACCAGCGUCAGCACAGAGUUGCAGAAUAUCUUGGAGGUGCUGCUGGACUUUGCUGGCUCCAAAAACUCAGCUGUGCGUGAGAGAGCUGUGACGAGGAUUGAGAGGCUGAGUGAUUUCAUCCUCUCAUAUUUUGUGGCCAAGAUCUCAGACUACAACGAAAAAUACAAGGACAGCCACGAUGAUCCCAGAGAGCUCUACAUCCCCAUCCUGGGCCAGCUGCUGGGACACCUCUUCAUUGUCAGCUGUGGCACAGAUUCCAUCAGUUGCACAGCUUUUGAUGCUCUUUUUCGCUUCUACGAAAUCAUCUCAGAUGGAAGAGGUAAGAGAAGGUGUGGUGGGCAGCGUCCGUCUGCACACAGACAUCUGCUGGUAUGUCUGCUUCUUUUCCCCAAGUGUUCUGAAGGAUUGUUCUUUUGCUUGGUGGAGGCUGCCCACGGAAGUCUGCCACGUUCCCUGACCUCCUCUGCUCCUCACAGCAGCUUCCCGCAGGAUUCUGCCUAUCGUUUUCCACAGAAGCUAAACGCUCACCUCAUGUCCAGGAGCAGUUCUCUGCUGCUGUCCUUCUCAACCCUCCCCAGAUCACCUACCACGCUGUUUUGA